GCGAUGCAAUUUACGGCAGCUUCGAACUGGCCUGGAGCAGGUUAACUUGGUCGUCCGCUACCUCCGCCAGUCAAACCGCGCUCUCUGGCGCGAUAUACCAGAUAUACCAGCCAUGGCUAAGCCAUAUGCACUUGAAGUCCAUUAUCACUACAUAGGCCAUGCCCGCAUCCUCGUGUCCACGCGGCCUUCCGACAAGUUCUUCAUCUCCGGAGACGCGCUGACUUCAAAGAGGCGACUGGCCUCUGUACAGACCAGGUGUUCAUCGUCGGCGGCACAGGCAAUUACGUGAAGGACCUGGGCGAGAAGGGUUUCAUAGACGCCUGCAAGACCACCAGCGCUACCCGGAUCUUCCCUGACACGCAGCAUCACAAUGUGCCCGGCUUGCCCUUCACCGGGAUGAGCAACGUCGCUGGCGUCAAUAGCCCAGACGCGCUGUCACCCUUCGCUAUCGUCACGGACAAGGACAUCGACCGCGCUGACAACGACCCCAACCACAUCUUCGUGCGGCCCGACCCCAUCCCGGCGUCACCCUUCUACAUCCUCGCACUACCCCUGGCGGUGACGGGCGCGGCGGCCGACAACACUCCCGCGGCGCGGCGCCUGGCGGUCGGCACGACGCCGGCGCCCAACGGCGCGCUGCACCGGUCCCACACCCCCGCCAGCCCCCUGGCGACCCUGACGACCCCCGGCAUGCUCAGGGUCGGCGCUCGUGGGGCCACGGUGGCCAGGCCGUCGAGACGGAGGUCUGCGGCGGCGCGCAGCAUUCCGGAUUAGCCCCUGGAGACCAUCUUCCAGAAGCUCAUGGUUAUGAAGCACCACGAAGCACUCAGUGAGGACGACAUCGACUAUCUGAGCAUGACCGUGCUCGUGGUCAGCCGCAAGAUCGGCAUCUUCUCCGAUAUGUCCAUGAGCUGGAUGCCGAUUUGCGCCGAGAAGGGGCUGCUGCUGCGCAACAAGGACAGCGCUUGCCGACACCACCAACACUGAGCUGCAGCGCCUCUCACUGAACGGGGCGGUUGAUGCAGCGGGCACCGCCUUCGCGUACAUACUUGCGGGCACAUUCUAGGCCGCAUCUGUCGUAGUGUCAUUGUGCACACAUUCGCUGAUUGAUGUUAAGGGCCACUUCAAGAGAAAGGAAGCAUCUUGUUACAUCUUGUUGGGUGCACAGACAGACGCUCAUACGCGCAAAUGAUACACGUUCACAGCAUGUUUUCACACCAGGUAUAGCCGCGCCUGCAUUCAGUGUGCUGGGCUUUCAUGCGAGGGUUGUUCAUCAUAGGAACAUCUGGACUCAAUCAAGCAACUCUGCUGACGUUCUUCACGUGUUCGUCCAUUGUAAUCGGCCCGCUUC